CGCGGGGACGCGGGGUAGCGCGGGGUGGCGCGGCGCAGCGCCGGCAGUGUACGGCCGGCCGCUACAUCGCGCGGACGGGUGCACGAUGCGUGCACGGUGAAACAAACAAUCGCGAUGCUGUUUGAGAGUCCCAACGCGAAACUGUACCCGGCGUUCAACAUCCCGCCGCCCGUGAGGCUCAGUGGGGCGCUGGGCGGUGUGGAGGUGCUGGAUGGAGGGCUGGUGGGCGGCGAGCUGACGGCGCACGUGCUGAGCGCUCAGGCGGCCGCGCACGCCGCCGCCACGGCCGCCGCGGCCGCGCAUCAGCAACACCAGCAACAACAGAUUGCUGUGCAGCAAAUCAACCCCUUUUUCCCGACAGAAACAUCCCCGUCAUCUGGGCGAUCCACCCCAGUGACGUCACAAGCUAAUGGCACAGCCCCCGCACCAACGGGGAGCACCUCACCGUCACCAAGCAAGCUGUUUGUUGGCGGUCUCAGCUGGCAGACUAGCUCGGAGAAACUAAGAGAAUAUUUUGCCAUGUUCGGACCGGUCACUGAUGUGCUCAUCAUGAAAGAUCCGGUGACACAGAGAUCGCGCGGCUUCGGCUUCAUCACGUUCCAGGAGGCGUCCUCCGUGGACAAAGUGCUCGCCGUGCCGGUGCACACGCUCGACGGCAAGCGCAUCGACCCCAAGCACGCCACGCCCAAGUCCGCGCCCCGCCCCGCCAAGACCAAGAAGAUAUUCGUCGGCGGCGUCGGACAGGACACCUCCGCCGAGGAGGUCAGGUCUUACUUCUCACAGUUCGGCCUCGUCGAGGACGCCGUCAUGCUCAUGGACCAGCAGACCAAGCGCCACCGCGGCUUCGGCUUCGUCACCUUCCACUCGGAGGAGGCGGUCGAGCGCGUGUGCGACAUACACUUCCACACCAUCAAGAACAAGAAGGUGGAGUGCAAGCGCGCGCAGCCCAAGGAGGCCGUGGCGGCCGCGCCCCUCGCGCUCGGCAAGCGGCUCGUGCUGCGGCCCGGCCGCGGCCUGGUGUACGCCGCCAGCGGCGUGGGCGCCGUGCCCGCCGUGGGCGCCGCGCACGCCUACCGCUACGCGCCGUACGCGCUGCCCACGGCCGCGACGGCCGCCACGGCGCUGGUGGCGCCCCCGCAGCCCGCGCCCGCGCCCGCGCUGCCGCAGUUUGGCGCCGCGUACUCGCUGGCCGGCGUGGAUAUGUCGUCGUUCCAGGGCGUGGACUGGGGCGCCAUGUACGGCCUGCCCAUGUACAUCUAAACGGUAACGAGCAAUAUUCACAUGAAAACCCCACCCGCCUACAGAGGUUAGGUUCUUAGCUCGGCUAUUUUAUUUCUUACGAUAGAGUUCCUACGUACUAUUUUUGUUUAAUUAAGGUGUUUGUCUUGCCGCGUACUCGCAGUGGCCACAAGAGGGAAUGAUCAGUAUUCGAAUGUAGUUAAGAUGUUUAUUGGCUCAUUAAACUUAGUGUAAGGCAGUUACAAGCAAUACUUUGCCCGCUACGGGCGUCAAAGAGAACGCAUUUCAUUUUUUUUUUAUAAAAAAGUUAAUUUAUUAAGGCGAUUCCCAACGGAUACGCCGCAGUAGGAGACACGGGCCCAUGUUUAUGACGUAUUCCGAGUCACUUGCCGUUGGAUUUGUUUUAGUUUGACAAGAUGUGAGGGUAGUUUGAUUUUCAAGUGACUUGAAACAAUACUAGUAGAGGUGUCGACGUCUAUCCGAGAGCUCGCGUCGUUGCGUGUCCCCUUAACUUUUAAAUAUUAAGGCGAAGAUCUCAAAUAAUUUAGUUGCGAUAAAAGAAAACUAAUUUUUUUUCUUAUAUUUUGUCUUUGAUAUUUUGUAACUUAGUGGUAGUUAUAGUGCACGUUUGUUUCGCAAUACCCUAACUUGAUAUUAUUUAUGAUGACUCGACUGUAUUUUAUGAAUCUCAUACGCAGCUGUAUUUUUAUGGUAAAACGAUAUAGGAAUUAAUAUAUACCUCUCUAUAUAUAUACUAUCGCGGUAAGAAUGACGCUGUGUGACUGCGCUGUCUCUCAAUUAUUAUUAUUACAAAUAAAAAUUUAUAUCUACCCUCAAAUUUAAAACAUUGGAUAUUAUAAAUUAGACAAUUCUAUUGGAUUACUCUCAUCCCGCACCCAAGUACGGGAUUGUAGAUAUAAAAAAAUAUAUAUAUCUUAAUUAGGCUAAAAAUUUAAACUCAUAUAAUUAAAAAGAAAUGGUAGAAUCUGUCAGUAUUAUUGUUAACGGUGCCAUUUCGUUAGGAACAUACGUUUGUGCCAAAUUACGCUCAGUUUUGUGUUUAGAAUCUCGUUUUUAAUUAAGUAUUCAAGCUUAUUAUGUGUGGAAUGACAACUACUGUCAUCUGUCAAUGUCAGGGAAUGUCACUUGUCAUUUUUAUGCUGGUGUGUGACGUCAUAUGCCAGUGUUUGCCCGCGGUCCCGCGAAGCGUUACGUCACACGGCGUCGGCCGCUCUGCUCACGACUCACAUACAUAUCGGACGAGCGGAAAGCAAUCUCAUUCUACAAUAGUAUUAUAAAUUGACAUACGUAGAUAUAGUACUUGCGUGAUCCUAGUAUAUUUUGGACCCUUAAAAUAGCAGCUAUGAUAAAACAAAACGCAAUAUCUGAGUACUUAAAAGAAAUAUCCAAAAAAGCAAUAUUUAUUACCAACUUUUGGAUCAUAACAGCCAAAAUGCACGAGGAUCACGAAGUAAAUUAGUUUACAUAUAAAUUAAUUUAGUUUAGCGUGUAUGAGUGUGCGAACUAACACCUUUGUACCGUGACAAUAAGCUAAGUAUAUAAGCCGCCGUAGAUUGUCAUGGCCGCGCGACCUCGCCUGCUGUCCGUCUAUAUUUACAUUACAUUAGAAAUAAAAUCCUUUGAUUUUGACCUUUACUGGGUUGGGCCCACGUUGGGCGCCAAUUUGUUGGAUGUUGUCUCAGAACGUUAUCAAAACUUGAUAGACCAAUUUGAGUUGUUUUCUGGUCUUUUUAACUGUGAUAGAAGAACAAAAAUGAUGUCAGAGCUAUGUGAAAUGUCUUUAGUCAUUGGUAAAAUGUACUCAAAGAGUUCUUCAAAAGAAAGAGUAAGAAGUACUCCCUUCCCUCUUGUUCUAAGACAAUAUCUAACAAAUGUCCUCAGGAAGCAUUUACGUCCUUAUUAGAAAGUACUUAAUUUAUCAAACGUAGCUUUAGAUUCAAAAGCAAUACAAUAUGUGAUUAGUGUGUGUAAAAGACAAAGAUGGUUGUGUUCGUGCAAUUCCUAGGUUUAAGCGGUGAUCUGGACUUAGUCCUAAGACCAGCAGUAUUAAAAACCGACACGUGAUUAUUUGAAAAACUUGUACAACUCCGUCGUCAAGCGGUAUCUAUGAAGUUUUCUUGAAAAUUUUAGCUCAAACAUUUCCCUAUCGUAACGUUAUCUUGUACUUAACAUAUUUAAUCAAUAAAAUACAUUUAAUCUCAAGUUCUUAAUAUUUGGGAUAAACCCAAAAAUAUCACAAUAAAAAAAAACGGAGAAUUUCGUGUAACGUCUAUUACUAAAGUACUUAAAAUUCCCUAUACAUAUUUAUAUUAGCGUAUAUUUUGGACGGAGGCGAGGCCGCGCGGCAGGCGUAGUGCAGUAUGCAUGGUAGCUUGGUCGGCUAUAUUCCUUACCAGCCGACGCACUUGUAACCGAAGCGUGUGGAAAUUUUAAGAUAAGAAACUCGGAAGAAAAUGAGGGUAGUUCGAAAUGUAGCGGUCCCUGCUGGGCGCCAAUAGCCAUUAUGAUGACUGCACUCUUCAUACAGGCUAAACUUGUUCUAUUUAUUGUUGUUGCUCGAAAACUGUGGUGAAUGAUGUCAUAUUAUGUAUCUGUUAUUUAUUUUACUUGUGUGUUAGCAUUACAAUGUCUAUCUAGAUAGUUUCCACACGCCACGGCUACCGAAUGCUAUGAUAUUCACAUUAUGUAUACACAUACCUAUCCUUAUUAUCUAGCAGUAUUUCUAGCAUAAGUAGGAUUAGAAACCUCCUGAGAUUAAUCGGCAUGGCACGCGCUCUCUCUUCUCUAUACUAUAACCAGAUUGUGGCGGCUAGAACCGCUUGUUACAUGUGGACACCAUUUUUAUUGUGAAUAAACUGUGAGUAACCACUAACAUGGUCAGGAAUUGAUUUUGAUACUUGUGAUGAUUGUUUAAUGCUAGUUCGAAAGCGCGUGCCUGCGUCACCCGACAGAUACACCUCUUGUACAUUAGCGGUCAGUAGAAGAAUGGUUGAAGUUGUGAUGUGACAGCCGCGUGCUUCGUAUCUUGCCAAAUUAGAUAGAGGGCGGCCGGUGUGGGGACGCGGAGGAGCGACCAACGGGAUGUAACUGAAUGUACAUUGUAGUUGCCACUAAACCGCAUGCGCAGACAUCAUCCUCUACCAUCUCUCAGCCUCUACACGUUGCGUCCACAUCCCCCGCGCCCUCACACGAACGUUGUAAUGUACUUAACUUUGUUUUUCAUAUAUUGUACUGUUCCGACUUCCCUUACGGGUGGCGAUUCCAGCACCCUGUCUUAGUUAGACCUGGUAACUGGUCGCCGACGUCCGUCGCCCGGGCCGAGCGCCGCGCCUCUACCGGAGGCCGUCGCUCGGCCGCCACGGACCUCGGCUGUAGGUUAGUCGUAGCGUUAGAAGGAGUUUGCCCGCUGUAAGAUGGAGCACUUAGUAAACCUGAUGUGUCAUUACAUGGAUAUAAUAUUAGAAAUUAAAAUUGUGUGUUUUAUUUAGCGUGGGACUUCCUGCUGGGUUUGGUUUGUUGUAUUUUACACUACUUUUUUUUAUCUUUCUAGAUAGUUUGCACGUUGAACUUGUAGUAUUUAGUUAUGGGGUUG